UUUAGGCGAUACACUCCGUUUGACGUUUCGGAAUGCAAUACAACAACACAAUUAAGUCAAUUUAACUUUUUACAAAUUUGUUUGCGAAUUAGAAAAAUGUAAAAUAACUUUACAUUUUAUAUAAAAUAAAUGUUUUCAAAUGUGGCAGUGUAUAUGAUUAUAACAUUUAGUCCUGGAAUGCAAAAGAAGAGAAAGCAAAUAAGCGGAUGUUGUUUUUGAACUAAUUAAAUCGUGAAGAGGUGGAACAAGAUUGAUAUCUUGUUGAUUGAUUUGCCAAGUUUACAUAAACCUAUGUAAACAAUAUAAAAAUAAUAAGAAUGUCUGCGGGGAAAGAAGAAAAGACUGAAACUGUACAGAAAGUAUGGAAGCCAGAGCUGUACAAAAUCCAAUUGGAGGCACCCACACCUAAACCUUUGUACACCAAUAAAUUUCUAACCAAUCACUUCGAGAAUGAAGAAAAAAUUCCCAAUUUCUACGGUAGUGAAUAUCAUGGAUGCAUGAGUCACAAAGAAGCUGAAGAAUUGCUGAACAAUAAAGUGGAUGGCUCAUUUCUUGUUCGCAAAAGUCCUGGUGCUGCGGACUAUUAUACGCUAAGCGUGCGAUUCAAUAAGAAAACGAAGCAUUUUAAAAUUUACUUUAAAAGUGGCCAGGGCCAUUAUCUGCAGGAGCAAUCCAAACAUUUUGAUAAUAUUCAUGAUCUAGUUGCCGAUGGCCUGGUAAAUUUUUAUAUGCAGCUACAUGCCGGACCCAUUAUCCAGGAGAUCAAUCAACAAACCGGCAAUUGUUAUCAGCAAAGUCCUUAUAUGACUCUAAACAGACGUAAAUUACGGGCCCUAUCAAAUGAUUUACGCAAGUCACUUGUCAAUAAAACCAAUGACAAUAAAAACAAUUUAAAUGAUGACAACAACGAACCCAUGGUGGAGUCAAAUAAAACCACAUCAAUUGUGGAUGGUUGCACUGAAAGUACGACUAAAACAUCGGAUUAUGGUGAUACCUUAUUGCCGUUUGUUUACGAAAAGGCACAUGCAUUUAAGGUGCACACAUUCAAAGGACUCAAUUGGUGUGAUAUAUGUGCCAACUUUUUAUGGGGUUUCACGGCCCAGGGUGUACGCUGUGAAGACUGCGGCAUAAUUGCUCACAAUAAAUGUUCAGAACUGGUGCCGGCAAAGUGUUUACCCGAUUUGAAGAAUAUUCGUGGGGUUUUUGGCACAGAUUUAACGACAGUUGCCCAAUUGUAUCAGUGUUCAAUACCCUUUGUAGUGCGACGAUGUGUUGAGGAAGUCGAAGCUCGUGGUAUGCUACAAGAGGGAAUCUAUCGUGUGUCAGGAUUUGCCGAUGAAAUCGAUGCCCUGAAAUUGGCCCUAGAUACCGAAGGCGAAAGAACAGAUAUGUCGGAAUCAGCUUACAGUAAUAUAAAUGUCAUUGCUGGUACACUAAAAUUAUAUUUACGUUUGCUGCCCGUGCCGCUGAUAACAUAUCAGGCCUAUCCCAGUUUUAUGGAGUCAUCAAGAAUUAACAACCAGGAUGAUCAAAUUAAGCAUAUGAGCGAAGCCGUAAAAAGACUCCCAAUGGCCCACUAUGCAUGUCUAAAAUUUAUGAUGGAACAUUUAAAAAGGGUUGCUUCUCACUAUGCUGUCAAUAAAAUGAAUGAACACAAUUUGGCAACAGUAUUUGCACCCACAUUGAUUGCCACACCUCAACAUCUAACGAAUUUAACAGAAGAAAUAUUCAUGCUGUCAUCUCUAAUCACACAUUGCGCCCUUAUUUUUAAUUAAUUCUCGACAAUACUUUAAUUUUAUAUAAAAAUGUCAGAAUAUAUUCAGCCUAUUAGUAUAUUUAAACCUAGCACCAAAGUAUUUAUAACAAAAGAAUAAUUUUCUCCAUUGAAAAACUCUCCAUAUACACCGGAUUUACCCCCCACCCACAUCUACACACAUGACCCACUCAUAUUUACUCAUAGAGCAUUUAUUUAUGAAUAGCAUGUAGAUUGAUUUUGUACUUUUAUAUAUAUUUAUAUGUACAACAAAUAAAUACAAUGUCUAUUUACAAGUA